AUGUCUUUAUCCAGCAGUCAACCCUGCCAUGGGAACGGCGAAAACACGGUGCUUGGUGCUGCUGCAUCGCAGCUGGAGCUCUUGCGCGCCAGCCAGAAGGACGAUUAUUACUGCCGAGUAUAUGCGCAGCAUUUGCAGCAGCUGUUGCUGCAGCUGCGGCAGCUGCUGCUGCCGCUGCCUAGCCAGCCCUCUAGGCGGCAGCAGCAGAGCCAAUGCAGCAGCAGCAGCAGCAGCAGCAGCAGCAUCACCUGUGGCGUUCUUAGGCUGAAGCGGUGUCUUACCUCUGCUCGCCAAGCAGCGGCAGAUUUGUGCUUGCUGCUGCAGCAGCAGCAGCAUGCAGCGCGCACGUUAGUGCAGAUUUUAUAUUUUGCGGCUUCUUUAGGAGGCAACGGCCAGCAAACUCUUGGAGAAGAAUACUGCGAACUGCGCACACUAUCCCCUCGUCAAUGCAUGGGUGUGCGAGGCUGGGUGCUUGUGCUUUGGACUGCAAUUUUGCGAUCCGUUCCCUUUGCAGCGACAGCAGCCCUCAUCCUUCAUAUCUGCAGGAUAUUCAAAAUUCGCACACCGACGGCAGCAGCUCUCGAUGAUCUUCUGUCCGUUUUGCGGCGAAUCCACCUGGCGCUUUUUUUUUAUGAUGGAAAAUUUCUGCAUUUUUCCCAAAGGCUGCUGCAGCGGCGCUUCUUCCGUUUGUACGGCGGCUUCUCCUUUCGCGCUGCUGCAGUGUAUACUCGCGGCUUUGCUGCAAUUUUGCUUCUGCAGUGUAUUCUGAGCAUUCAGUCAGUCCACGACCUCUUCAAGAGGCAAAGAAAUCGGCAGCAGCAGAACGAAAGUCAGGAGAGUGCUGCUGCCUCGUCUCGCUCCGCUGCGCUCACUGCUCCUGAGGGGGAAGUGGUAGCGGCAAAGGAAGAUUCAGCCGGCAAGCUUGAUAGCAGCAGCAGCAGCAGCAGUACGCUCGUGUGCCUUUUCUGCCAGAGUUUCUGCAGCGUUCCGACGGCGGGGGCAUGUGGUCAUAUCUUUUGUUGGCAUUGCAUCAGCAAGUGGUGUCAGCAGCAGCAACAGCAGCAGCCACCAGCAGUUGCAACAUGCCCUGUUUGCCGUGCGCCAUGCUCUCCACAGGCGUUGCUGCCCCUGCGCCACUUUGAGAGUUCGGAGGAUCUGCUACUGCAGUACAACUUGCAGCAUCAGCAGCAGCAGCAAUAGCGACCGCAGCAACAGCAGCAACAUGAGCAGCAAGAGCAGCAG